UUCCACCACCUACUAGCACAUCGGUGAACCGAAUCUUACCAGUACGAUGGGGAGGUGGCCCUCACCGGCGUUACUGGCGAUCUUCGUAACCAUCGCCCUUGCCAUGAAUUCAAUCACCCCGGCUGCCGCUCACACUGGACUCAAGGUAGGGUUCUAUCGUCACAGCUGUCCCCAAGUGGAGGCCAUCGUCUACAACUCUAUGGCUCAAUCCACCAAGGCCGACGACACCGUUGCACCUGGAAUCCUUCGGAUGGCGUUCCACGAUUGCUUCGUCCGGGUACGUGAUCGUCUUGAUUUGCAGCACCCCAGCCAGCUGGAUCGAGACGCCAUCGACGCCGCAAAAAGAGCUGUGGAGAACGCUUGCCCGGGCGUAGUCUCAGCCGCCGAUGUGUUGCAGUUCGCCGCCCGUGACGCAGUUGUACUGGCUGGAGGUUACGGGUGGCAUGUGCCCGCUGGGCGUCGAGACGGAACGGUUUCCAUCAUGGAAGAAGCACUGAACCUGCCCGCCCCGAGCAUGACCGUGUCCCAACUCAUAGAUGUGUUCGGGCGGAAGGGCUUGAGCCCCUCCCAAAUGGUAGUCCUAUCAGGUGCCCACACCAUCGGAAAAGCCCCGUGCGUCACAUUCGACGACCGCGUUCAGACAACCCCGGUGGACCCAACUCUGGCUCCCAGCUUCGCCACGUUCUUGAAGGGGCAGUGCCCGUAUGCAGCAAUCCAAUCCACCAGCGUGGACAUGGAUUCCACCGCGCACACAUUCGACAGCCAGUACUUCAAGGACAUCAUCGCCGGGAGAGGCCUGCUCACCUCGGACCAGAGCCUGUUGUACGACUCCCGCACCAGCGGGGGUGUGUACGCCAACAACGGCGCGGCAUUCUACCGCAACUUCGCCAAGGCGAUGGUGAAGAUGAGCCAGAUUGAGGUGCUCACAGGUUUGGACGGCGAAAUUCGGCGACAGUUUGACCAGGUGAACAGCCACUAGAAAGGAAAGGGGGCCCAGGAAACAAGGCCGCCCAGAUAUGGAGAGCAUCCGUGUAUCAUAGAGUAGAUUAGGACGAGUUCAUUGCACAUGGUGAGCGUCAACUGCCACGUGCUCAUUCUUUCCGGUGCACAGCAUCGGCAUUCUUUGCGUUGCUUGUCGUAAGCAAUUUACCGCACAUCCCUGCGCGGCGUCAAUCUCUGAAUCACUCUUCGUCCUCUGAAUUGGGCCAACCAUGACAAGGUUAUGAGCAGCAAAGCGCAUGGAUGUACUGCCCUUCACAAGUGUGAUGAACACAAACAAACGUGGAGCAGUUGUUGUCGUGGCCGGUUUCGAAGUGGGAUUCAUGGAUAGCAGCUUUGUGAAAUCUCGAGGUAUCGUUUUCA